CUCGGGCCGGCGCCGCUGUCACAGGCCCCGGGGCGCCCCGGAGCGAGCGGCGGUGACGGGCGGUGGGGGAGCCUGGUGUUCCUUGGCUUAUCUCGGCACAAAUCGCCUCAUGCCGGCGGUUCCCCGCUCCGGGAGCUCCCCUCCGCCCCGGCCGGCCCUGGCUGCUCUCGCCGGGGUUUUGCUCGUUUUUUGCUCGUUUUUUGUUCAUUUUUCGCUGCUGCGGAGUCUCCCCGUGGUUUUUUACGCUUUUUAAGGCCCGUGGGGUGUUUAUUCAUCAGGAAUACAGCACGUCGAGCUGUUCUUUCGUGCGGCGCUCAUUGUCGGGAAUAAAUUGAGAGCUCGCAGCAGAGAUGGGGCCCCGGCGGAAAACUGUGAAGGCAGUGAGCAGGGAAGGGGCAGAGUCUACCAAAGCUGAGGAGCCAAAAGAUUACAUGAACCAACUCUCCCAUGAAGUGCUUUGCCACAUCUUUAGGUACCUGCCCCUGCAGGACAUCAUGUGCAUGGAGUGCCUGUCGCGGAAGCUGAAGGAGGCGGUGACGCUGUACCUGCGCGUGGUCAAGGUGGUGGAUCUGUGUGCGGGGCGUUGGUGGGAGUACAUGCCCACAGGUUUCACUGAUUCCAGCUUCCUAACGCUGCUGAGGAAGAUGCCAGACAUUGAACAACUUUAUGGUCUUCAUCCCAGGUAUCUGGAAAGGCGCCGAGUCCGUGGCCACGAAGCUUUCAGCAUUCCUGGAGUUUUAGAGGCUUUGCAGGCCUGUCCAAAUUUGCUGGGUGUUGAGACCUCUCAUUUAGAGCUGGUGGAAGCUAUUUGGACAUACAUGCCCCAAGUCCACAUUUUAGGGAAGUUUCGUAAUCGUAAUGGUGCUUUUCCAAUUCCUCCUGAGAACAAGCUGAAAAUUCCUAUAGGAGCUAAAAUUCAGACUUUGCACUUAGUAGGGGUGAAUGUCCCUGAGAUUCCUUGUAUCCCAAUGCUGAGGCACCUUUAUUUGAAGUGGGUGAGACUCACCAAACCACAGCCUUUUAAAGAUUUCCUUUGUAUCAGCUUGCGUGCUUUUGUCAUGAGGAACUGUGCUGGACCCACAAACUCUCUGAAGUAUGUUCCCCUGGUGACAGGCCUGGCUUCUGCCAGGAAUCUGGAGCACUUGGAGCUGGUCCGUGUUCCAUUUCUUGGAGGACUUAUCCAGCACGUGGUAGAAGACAGCUGGAGAUCUGGUGGUUUUAGGAAUUUGCACACUAUAGUUCUGGGAGCUUGCAAGAAUGCACUUGAAGUGGAUCUUGGCUACCUCAUCAUUACUGCUGCACGAAGGUUGCACGAAGUGCGGAUCCAGCCUUCCUUGACCAAAGAUGGUGUUUUUUCUGCUUUGAAGAUGGCUGAACUGGAAUUCCCACAGUUUGAAACUCUUCACCUAGGCUACGUUGAUGAGUUUUUACUACAGUGUAAAAUGACGAGUACGGACUUGGUGAGGUACGGCUUGGCUGAUGUGGUUGAAAACCCAGGAAUUAUUACAGAUAUUGGUAUGAAAGCUGUAAAUGAAGUUUUUUCUUUCAUCAAGUAUCUGGUCAUUUACAACUGCCCACAUCUACAUAACCCAAAUAAUUGGAUCACAGACCACUCGAGGUGGACCCGCCUGGUUGACCUGACCCUGGUGAGAUGCCAUGCCAUCAAGCUGGACUCUUUCAGUCAGUUCAUCGAGUUACUGCCAAGCUUGGAGUUCAUUUCUCUGGACCAGAUGUUUAGAGAGCCUCCAAAGGGCUGUGCUCGGGUGGGCCUAAGUGCAGGCACAGGAAUUGGGGUCUCCUCUGCCCUGGUGAGCAAUCAGAACUCUAACAAUGACAAUGACAACAACAACAACCACCAGAACAACAACAACAACCCCAACAUCCACCACAACAACCACCAGCACCCCAACGAGCAGAACGAGGAGAACGAGCUGCGCCAGGAGGGCCCCGCUGAGGAGCAGCAGAUUGGGGCUGAGGCCCUGAAUGAGAUGGAGGAGGUGGCACAGGAGGAAGGGGAGGCUGCUGGGCAGGGCCAGGACGAGCUGCCAGCUCCCAGCCAGGCUGCUGUUCCCAUGGAGGUGGAUGAGGAGCAAGCAGGACCAAGUGGAAUUCAACCUGCUGUAAAAGCAGCUCCUAUUACCAUCCAUGAUUCAGACAGUGAGGAUGAGGAGGAAAACUUGGGCACUUCCAGAGCCUGCAUCUCCAGCAGCAUUGCACAGAGCUACUCAGAUGGGGAAGAGAAGAGCAGGGAUCCAGUGGAAACCAGAGAACCUUCAGUGAGCGGCAAAGGCAAGACCCCCCUGCGGAAGAGAUGCAGCAGCAGCCACGGGGGCCAGGCCAAGCAGUUCCCCGUGGAGGAGAGCAGCUGUGAGAAGGGCUGCCAGGUGACCAGUGAGCAGAUCAAAGCUGACAUGAAAGCAGCCAGUGACAUGCCAGAGAGGAGCAAGAGCAAGGAUUCCUCCGGCAGCUGCAGCAACGCCCCGGCACCCACGGCAACAUCCAGCUCCUGCAGUGCUGCUUCCCCCAGCCCUGACUGUGCCCAGGCAGCCCAGAGCCACUCUGCUGGCACCAGCCCAGCAGCUGGAGAGGAGUGCAGGCAGUGUGGCUGCUCUCCCUGCAGGAGGGAUGGAUGCAGGCAGAGGGAGCCCGAGGAGAGCUCGCUGUGCUCCCGCUGCUGCUCCCAGGCGCAGCGCAGGACGAGCGGGGGGUGGGAUGGGGAGAGCCCCUCCACCAGUGGGGCCUGCAGGGACGGGCCAGACUUUGCACUUAGGACACUGCCAGACUGUGGGGCUGCAGCAGAGCCUGGGCAUGACAGGACUAGUGGGAGUGCCUGUGGGGCUGGCAGCCAGGAGCAGAGCACGCAGCCCUCGGGCUGGGAGCUGGACUGCAUGGAGGAGUAUCCACGGAGACCCCUGACCAGGGCCAGGAGCAGGCUGUCCCACGUGCCUCUGGUGUCAGAGCCAGAAGUAGCAAAGCCAAAGCCAAGGCAAACCACCAAGAGGAAAAGGACAGCUGACAAAUCCACCAGUACCAGUGACCCUGUGAUUGAGGAUGAUCAUGUUCAGGUACUGACUUUGAAAUCCAAAAACCUUGUAGGAAUCACAUUGACCAACUGUGGAAUAACAGAUUUGGUGCUGAAAGACUGCCCCAAAAUGAUGUUCAUCCAUGCUACCAGGUGCCGUGUGCUGAAGCACCUGAAGGUGGAGAAUGCCCCCGUUGUGAAUCGCUUUGACUACGCCCAGUGCAAGAAGCUGAACAUGGAUCAGGUGCUGGAUCAGAUCCUCAGGAUGCCCCCAGAGAGGAACAGGAUCAUUUACCUUCGUCCCAUGCAGCAGGUGGACACGCUGACUCUGGAGCAGAAGAUCUUCAGUGGCCCCUACCCCUACCACAUCUGCAUCAUCCACGAGUUCAGCAACCCCCCCAACGUCCGCAACAAGGUGCGGGUGAGGAGCUGGAUGGACACCAUAGCCAACAUCAACCAAGAGCUGAUCAAAUACGAGUUCUUCCCCGAGGCCACCAGGACUGAGGAGGACCUGAAGAAAUACCCCAAGUACCCCUGGGGCAGGGACAUCUACACCCUGGAAGGCAUCGUGGAUGGUGCUCCUUACUCCAUGAUCACAGACUUCCCCUGGCUGAGGUCCCUGAGGACAGCAGAGCCCAACAGCUACGCCAGAUACGACUUUGAGGACGAUGAGAGGACCACCAUCUACGCCCCGAGGAGGAAGGGGCAGCUCUCAGCUGACAUCUGCAUGGAGACCAUCGGCGAGGAGAUCUCGGAGCUGCGCCAGGUCAGGAAGGGCGUGUUCCAGAGGGUCGUGGCCAUCUUCAUCCACUACUGUGAUGUCAACGGGGAGCCCGUGGAGGAUGACUACAUCUGAGGGGUGUCCCCAGCCCGCCCUCCCUCCCUCCCUCCCCCUGGCACUGCUGGCCAAGAAAAAGCAGGAUUUUUUUUUUCCAAAUGCAAAGCAUUUCCCACCGAGGAGCCCUCGGCUCUCCCCGUGGCCAGGAGGAUGUAGUUAAAUGUAAAAUGGAAAGUACAAAUUGUAUACUAAGAGUUGUACAUAGAGGAAACAAAAACAAAAACAAAACUUCCUAAUACUGAGACUUUAUUUCAUAUGUUUAUACAAUUUAAUUUAAGUUCCAUUUUAAUGAAGGCCAAUAAUUAGGAAAGGGGAAGAAGAUUUGAACUUUUCAACCCAUACAAUUCAUAGCAGUAUUUUUUUUUCCUCACAAACAACAAUUCCAUUUGCUGUGUUCAAAAGAGUCAUCAGAGUCUCUUUUAAUCUGUGCCUUUUUCUUGAGCAUUUAAGAGUCCAGUCUGAGUAAACCUGUUGAGCACAA